GUGCCUUUUGAACAUCUUAUUUCAGUUUUACUCCCACCUUUGCUGUUAUAAUAACCUCGAAAAAUCGUUGAUCGUUAUUACAGAUUUUGGUGUAUGGCUGUGGGAUUUGUGCUCAUUUAGCUACAAGGGCAUUAGUGAGAUCAGACAAUGAUGUCAGGUGAGGAAGCCUGGGCACAGUGCACGUUCCAGUUCAUCCUGAAAGUGUUCAUUGUUGAGGUCAGGGCUCUGUGCAGGCCACUAGAGCUCUGCCAUACUAAUUUAAUCAAACCAUGUCUCAUGCUGGAACAUGUUUGGACCCCUUAGUCCCAGUGACAGGAGAUUACAAUGCAUACAAAAGACAUUCCAGGCAAUUGCAAUUUGUAGCAACAGUUGUUGCUGGUUGUGACAAUCACAUGUCCACAAAGGUUUGUCAAUAUAGUGUAUCUUCAGGAUCUAUUAGUUUGGUCUUUGUCAAGGGUACUUGCUAGUACUGUUUUUUGAGGCUUCCGAGCUAAACACUGAUAGAGAGACUUGGUGUCGCCCAAGAGCCCUGAUUUAAAGUCACAUACUGCCUCCUGGUGGAUAAAAAGCAAAACUGCAUCUUAACCUCUUCUGCGUCUCAGAAGAAAUAAGCAGUAAGUCUAUUCUGAAGAAUAAAAGCCUAACUAAUAGAAUGCACAACACUUUACCACCUGCUAAUGUCUGUUUGUAGGAUUAUCAAUGAAUCACAUUCUACCUUCGUAUUUAUAUAACAGACAUGUGCAUGUCUCUGUCUAAUGCCUACAGAACAUUUCCUUUGCUGAAAAGAGUUUUGGGAUGCUAGGACUACGACUAUAAUUACUUUCCCCUGAUAUCCUGCAGGCAGUUUAUUAGAUCCAGCCUGUGGAAGAGAGUCGGAAACUGUCGAAAAUGAAUAUUCAUACAUUUAGUAAUAUCGACGGUGGGAAAAUAAGUAUCCAAUCAUUUGGUGGUAUUUUCAGCAUCCCAGCCUGAGAUUGGAUGCUGGUGUAUGAUCGAUCUAAACCUGAACCAAAGCUUCUAAAUCACAUUCUUCAAUCAAGCACCAAAAAACAACCAGCCACCACCACCCCAUUCCGAUAGUGUUACAGUUGACUUGGUUGUGUGAAAUCAAGUAAGUGUGAACAACAUUAAGUGCGCACAAACUCCGAUCGUCAACAGGUCCGGUAGUAGUGACGUCACGACGGGGCGCGAUGAUGGCCCAUCCCCCCUCAUCCUCGUGCAGCUGCUCCAGCUGUGUGCGCGUGUACGUGUGAGUGUGUGUGCCGCCGGUGUGCGUGCCUACGUGCCGCUUCCUUUCCGCUCGCCCUUGCGCUCGAUGCUGCAACCACCAUGACAGGCAUCGCCGCUGCCUCCUUCUUCUCCAACGCGUGCCAUUUCGGAGGCUGCGGGCUGCACUUCGACUCCCUGGCGGAGCUGAUCGUCCACAUCGAGGACAACCACAUCGAUACGGACCCUCGCGUGCUUGAGAAACAGGAGUUGCAGCAGCCCACAUACGUCGCUCUCAGCUACAUAAACAGGUUCAUGACCGAUGCGGCGAGGAGAGAGCAUGAGACCCUGAAGAAGAAAGUGCAGCCAAAGCUGUCCCUCUCUCUGACAGGAAGCCUGUCACGGAACAGUGUGUCCACUCCGCCCAGACACACCAGCGGCAACCUCACCCCACCUGUGACACCGCCAAUUACUCCCUCAUCAUCGUUCAGGAGCAGCACUCCUACAGGUAGUGAGUAUGACGAGGAGGAAGCAGACUAUGAGGAGUCCGACAGCGACGAGUCUUGGACCACCGAAAGUGCCAUUAGCUCCGAGUCUAUCCUUAGCUCCAUGUGCAUGAACGGAGGAGACGAGAAACCGUUCGCCUGCCCUGUGCCUGGCUGUAAAAAGAGAUACAAGAACGUGAACGGCAUCAAGUAUCACGCCAAGAACGGACACCGCACUCAAAUCCGCGUGCGCAAGCCGUUUAAAUGCCGCUGUGGGAAAAGCUACAAGAGCUCACAGGGCCUGCGCCACCACACCAUCAACUUCCACCCGCCCGUCUCGGCCGACAUCAUCCGCAAGAUGCAGCAGUAGAGCAGGCCUCCGUGCCAACCAGAUCCAUCACACACACACCUAGUCAUUCGAAGCUGUUGCUGCAUUUGAUACCUUUCCCGCUUUGUUACUCUUUAUUCCUCCUUGUCCUCCACGAGGAAGACUCUGUCCCCUCAUUUCACCUCUCCAGGAGGAACCUUGUUACCCCUUCAUUUUAAUCUUCCAUAAGGAAGAAUCUUUCUAUCUUGCAAUCAUUUUCAUACCUCAUUUAGGAGGUUCUAUCCCACCCCCUCUCUUUUUUUUUCAUUCCAUGUCUUUGUGAAGCAUAAACUUCAAAAUUCAAGGAGCUCCUAUGUUCCCUUUACACUACGCUUUGAAAUGCAUGCCUAUUUUUUUGUAUCCUGUUCUCUGUUCUGUGUCUAUUCGAGAUGGUGUAUCAUAGUAGAGUUUGCAGUUUUGUACUUUUGCACAUUCAAAUAUUAUUCUUUUUAUUUUUCUUCUGUCUUGUAUUACUAUUGAAAUAAGGUGCUUAUUGUAUUUUUGGGAUUUGUCUAGACAAGAUAAGGCUUGGUAUCGCCGUGGGAUGAGUUUCCAACAGUUGUUGUCACCACUCGGGGCACUGUGUGAUGCGUGUCGAAGCCACAACAUCAGAAUUCAACCAGCAUGACUUUUCAUUUUUGUUUGGCUUCUGACAAGAGAAAAGGGCAAAAAAGAAAAAAGAAAGGCAGAACGUUUUCUGACAGUUUGUACUACCCAAUGAGAAUAGAACCAAUGUUUUUAGUUAAUUAGAUUAUAAUAAAUGCAUAUAGACUUUCAUAAUCAAGAUAUAAAAAAUAUAUCCUUUUAUUCCCACAUUUUAUUUUGCAUUUAAAAAAUGAUUAUUAUUCCAGGCUAAAGAUUAAGUUUGGGAGUUUACUUUGGGUAAAUUGUAAUCCCAUAUUGUUUUUUUUUCCAUCCUUGGACAAAUCGUGUUUUACACCUAUUAACAGUCUCAGGUGACAGAUUGCCAGCAUUUCAGACACAUUAUCUUGCCCAUGUGGUUCUAAUGGUAUUUUUAUACAGCUGUUACAGGGGUCCCAGGCCAGCUGUGGCCGGCGUGUUCUAGAACCUCUGGAGCAUUCUAGAACUCCACUGCUGAAUCCAAUGCCUGCUAAAGGACCUAAAGCACUUUGUAGCACCUAGUUGCCAACCUAGUUAGGAAGUUUCCAUUGCCAACACGUCAGGGACAGCAGUCAUACCUGUGAGUCACUGAGUCAAAUCUACACACUGACACACUGCUUUGGGGUUAGAGUACAUGUACUCUUUUUUUUCUUUUUUUUUUCUUUUUUUUAAACUCUAGCUGAUUUUUUUUUUUUUUUAAAGCAGAGCCCCAAAGUGUGUUAGUUUAAGAUUAUUUUAACUAAUUGCCUUUAAACAGUGUAGACCAUAGCAUUCCAUAGCUUUGGUGUAACAAAUUCGAUACGGCUUGUGUGUUUAUGCUUUGACACUGGCUGAGCUCUUCCAUUAUGAGCCGCCUUUCAGAUGGACGGAUGACGGUUAUUGUACUUUCCAAUAUUUAAGCUACAACAGAGCAGGUGCCCAUCGCCUGUCUUUGGUGGCCUUCUGCACCAACAGUGUUGUUUUGCUAAUGUGGCAGUAGGAUAACUCAGGGAUGUCCUGUCCUAGAGUUAGAGCUUAAUUUUUUUGCCUUUUCUGCUUGAGUGGUGGUCAGACAGGAGCAUAUGUCUGAGUACCAGCAGUAAUCUUGCGUCAGAUUUCCAUUUAAACGAAUAGAAUAAUUAUAUAGAAAGAGCUGUUCUAUUCCAAAAUCGAUGACCCUACUCUGGGAGAAAUCAGAGAAGAAAAAAAAAAAAGUUGGCAGAGAAAAGGCCUACUUAAAAGUCAAAGCUGCCAAUCACCUGCAAACAUGACAUUCUAACUGUGUGGACGUCAAUGUUGUAAUGGAAUUAUCUGUUUAAAUAAACAUUGUGACAGUAUUAUACUGCCAGUUUAGAGGGAAGUAUUGGACAUGUUGUGCAUAGUUUUAUGUAUUAUGUAUCUGUGUAAGUGCAUUAAAUUAUAUUUUCAUACAUUUUUUGGGGGGUAAAAAAUAAUUCCUACAUGUAACGCCAUUGACACCAGGGGUUGUUUUUACACCGGUGUCUUUCUUCAACAAAAAUGAAAAAAAAGGAAAAACUGACAAAAAAGCUGCUUCAUAAAUGUAAACCUGGUUACAAGUUCAAUAUUAAAUGGCCUCUGAUGUGUUUCGUUAA